AUGGUAUGGCUAAACAAUGUUUGGUAUGAGUUGAGAAGCAACUCGAGCUGCAGUCACUUCAGAUUGAGUAGCCAAGGCAAGUUGGUUAAUUGCCCGGUUUUGUUGCUCCGAAAGGUGCGCAACAUUGCGAAUGUAAAGGAAAAAAGAGUCGGAGCGCCAGCGCAAGAGAAACUUGAUCUGGAUGGCGUUGAUACCCGUGGCGUGAAGGAUCACCGCCACCCCAGCUCGAAGAGAGUGGGAUCUUGGGCGACACGGGUUUGGACUGCCACCUACCGGAUUCCUAUCGAACUCCCGGGCAUGCUGACUUCUGCUGUCACUGAGAACUUUGGGAAGCUCACCCUCCUGCGAUUCCUUAUUGCCGUCAUUGUCACAGGCGCCCAGGCCAAGAAGGCGGAGGACGCAGAACCCAAGAAGCCCCCUGCCAAGGCCAUAGAGCCGGUGGAGGAGACGAAAACCUCGCUCCUCACUGCACCCAAGUCUCCUGAGGACGACGAUGCCUGGAUCGACAAGCUAGCACAAUUGGACCUCACCAACGACAGUCCAAGCCCUCUCUUCGUCAUGAUCUUACCAGCCAAGGAAGAUGGAUGCUAUUUUGUGGUGGUUCGCCAGCGCUAUCUUCCUCUUGCGAUGAACGUGCUCGACAACCUGCCGUCCUUUCUUCAGUUUCACCUUGGCGAGUUGUCGUUCCCCAAUUUCAUCCGCGUCAUCAAGAACUGGUCAGCUACCGACCUUGCCUACCAGAAUCGCAAGCUUCACAUUGAAUGGGUCCCGUCGGAACUUCGCUUCCGCUGUAUUGACGAUCCCACCGACGAACAAGGUCCUCAAGUCCGUGACCCAAUGGACUUCCUUCUUUGCAUGGAAGACCCUGUAGAGAUUCUCGAGGGCACCCUCCACAUCGACAUCCACGCCAAACAUGUUCGGGACGUGGACGAUGGCCUAUCUGUGCUUGGUUACCUCGACGACUGGAACAACUCCAGACCGCUCUUCAGACCAUCGAGACUUUCACUGACGAGAGGAACAGUUUGA